CUUCCCUCAGUGGCAGAAUUAAAGUACCAGUGUCCUGUUGCUGCCGUGCCCUUGUCUGAGCUUUCUGAUUGACUUUUUUUUCUCUGCUCAGCUCUCCUCUUUGCUCCGGCAAAUCACCUCAGUUGUUUAUUUAAGUGUGACAUAUUUAUCAAGCCAGAUCCAACAGAUGAGCUGCCAUCCCAAAUUCCACACAAAAUCACUCAGGUACAGCACCAACCAUGGAAAAUGACCAGCCUCCCGCCUCGACUGGGCAGGACAUCCAGGGGCAGAGCGGGGGUAAACCUGCCCCUGGCUCUCAGGCCCCUGCUCCAGCACCCAUGGAGCAACCAAAUGCCUGCCCUGAAGCGGCUGUGUGCGAUAUCUCAGAGGAGCUGAGCCGGCAGCUGGAGGACAUUAUUAAGACCUAUGGGUCUGCUGUAAGCCUAAUGGAGAAGGAAAGUGCCACUACAGAAACUGACAGGCCUGAGAAGGGAGAGCCAGGCAGCAUGGAGGAUGCAGAGUAUGAAGAUGUAAAUGAGGAGAGUGAGAAAGAGAAGCUGGCUCCUGGGGAUGCUUCCAGUGCAAAAGAAGCCGGUGGCAGCAAGGAGCAAAAGCUGGAGAAGAAAAUCCUGAAAGGACUAGGGAAGGAAGCCACCUUACUGAUGCAAAGCUUGAACAAGCUGAAUACUCCGGAGGAGAAGCUGGACCUGUUAUUUAAGAAGUAUGCUGAGCUGCUCGAAGAACAUCGUGCUGAGCAAAAAAAGCUCAAGUACCUGCAGAAGAGGCAGGCCCAGGUCACCAAGGAGAAGGACCAUCUACAGAGUGAGCACAGCCGAGCCAUCCUCGCCCGCAGCAAGCUUGAGAGCCUGUGCCGGGAGCUCCAGAGGCACAACAAAAACCUCAAGGAAGAAACAAUUCAGCGGGCACGGGAGGAAGAUGAGAAGAGGAAAGAAAUAACUAAUCAUUUCCAAGGCACGCUGAGUGAAAUCCAAGCACAGAUCGAGCAGCAAAGUGAGAGGAACAUGAAGCUCUGCCAGGAGAACACAGAGCUUGCAGAGAAGCUGAAAAGCAUCAUCGACCAGUACGAGCUGCGGGAAGAGCACCUUGAUAAAAUAUUUAAGCACAGAGAACUUCAACAGAAACUGGUGGAUGCCAAGUUGGAGCAGUCUCAGGAAAUGAUGAAGGAAGCCGAGGAGCGACAUCAGAAAGAAAAGGAAUAUCUCCUGAACCAAGCUGCAGAAUGGAAGCUCCAGGCCAAAAUGUUAAAGGAGCAAGAGACUGUCCUGCAGGCACAGAUCACUCUCUACUCUGAAAGGUUUGAAGAAUUUCAGAAAACAUUGACCAAAAGCAAUGAAGUGUUUGCCACAUUCAAACAGGAGAUGGAGAAAAUGACAAGGAAAAUGAAGAAGUUGGAAAAGGAUACUGCUACAUGGAAAUCCAGGUUUGAGAACUGUAACAGAGCAUUACUGGACAUGAUUGAAGAGAAAGCCAUGAGGACCAAGGAAUAUGAAUGUUUCGUGCUAAAAAUCCAGAGGCUUGAGAACCUUUGCCGGGCUCUGCAGGAAGAGAGGAAUGAAUUGUACAAAAAAAUAAAGCAAGCACAGUUCCCUGAAGAAGUGAAUGGAAAUGGCAUCUUAGAAGAAGAUGAUGAUGCUGAUAGAAGCCCUUCCUCUCCUGAGCAGGCAAGCAUUGAGCUGCACGCUAAUGAUGAGAGGAUGCUGAAGGAGCUGGCUGAAGCCUUUAGGGUGUCCCACAAGGCAGAGGGGUCCAUCCCAAGCAACAGCAGCAAUCCAGAGGCCAGUGAUGCUCAGACAUGUAAUGCCAUCCUGGUGCCAGAGCUUCAUUCUCCUCUAACCCCACAAUCAGAGGCUGGGAAUCCCUGUGAGAAGCCCAGUAUGAGCACACCAGCGCCCACUGAACACAUGCCAUCAUCCCCUGGAAGCACAUCAGCACCCACUGAAAAUAUUACAACACCCACUGACAACAUGACGAAGCCCACCAAAAGCAUGCUUGUGCUCCCAGAAAGGGCACCAGUACCCACAGAAAGUGCACCAAUACCGCCUGAGAGUGUGCCAGUACCCACCGCGAACAUGCCAAAACCCACUGAAAGCAUGCCAGCAACCCCCAAAAACCUGCCAACACCAGCACAAAACAUGCCCAUUCCCCUUGAGAAUAUGCCAGCACCCACAAUAAGUCCACCAAAAGCUGCAGAGUGUGUGGAUGACCCAGCAGAACGGUCUGUCCAAGCUCAGUCGUCAGAGCAAAUGGGUGACACAGACAUGGAAGCAGUGGAUUGAAGAUGCUGGUGUGUCCAGCCUUGUCCUCUAAAAACCACAACUCUACUUUGUCCUCUAAAUUGAUACUUUUUUUUAAAGAAACAAAAAGUGGGUGCUAAAACACACUCACAAAUCUGUAGGCAAAUGUAAUGCAAUUCUCCUUGCUACCACUAUUCAGUAAUAAUGGGUCUCCAAAUUUUGCUGUCUUUCAUCUGCUUGAAGCAUAAUAUUUUCUUAAUGACAGGAAAAUACAAUGAAAUUACAGGAUCUUUUUUUCCCAGGCAUGAUGAGUCAUCUAAUUCAGCAAAACAAUUUUAAAGUGUUGAAGUUUCACGUUUCAAAAAUCAUUGCUAUUCACAUACAUAUAUUUAAAACUCAUCAUUAAUUAUAUCUAUUUGUGUAAAAGAUGGCCUACUUGGACACAUAGUGAUUUUCAUAAAUGAGGUGAAAGGAAUCUGUAAUUACAAAGUAAAAUAGCGAAACCAGCGAUGUGGUCAGCCGUAUCCAAGGAAAGGUACAAUAGCAAAGGUGAAUUUUUGUAUGAGCAAACUACUACUCAGCACUGUGGCCUGAACACCCACAAACCCUUAGCCUUACCUUGAAUCGCUAUUUUCUGCUUAGGGUUCUAAAAGAGGUUUUGUUUUCAACAGAACUGCAGGGGAAGGGAGAAGAUCUUUUCUAGAUUCCUCAUAAAAUGACUGAAAACAACAGCAACUUACAAAUUGAUCACAAUUCCCAAGGUAGGGGUCUCAACCCUCUUUCUGUAUCCAACAGAAACCUGCUAGUUUGUCAAGCUAUUGGGGAUCAUGAGCCAGAGAGGGGCUUAUGACUAUUUCCAGCUCACAGAUGAGGUCAAAAGUUCAGAAGUUGGUUGCCAGAUCCCAGCUUCUAGAUGAGGAACACACUGGAGGUACACUAGAAGGUACCAGGACAUACUCCAGAAGAUACCCCUAAGAUCAUGCUUCUGAAUGGUGUCAUCUCUUCCAGUCACAACCACAUGACCCUCUUCACAACAACUUCCUCCUGCUGCUGCCGCCUGUGCUGAUGCCACCAGGAGAAGGCUGAGCACAGUCACCUGUCACCCUGAUUGCUGGAGUGGAACACAAGUAAAUAGCCCAGAAGCAAAAAUAAAAGGUACCAGGAAAGCAAGAAUCCGUCUCACAGACACCUUCAGGAGCUGGCUAUUUUCAUCCCCUCUCUUGUGAGCCAGAUCUUCCUGUCUGCCUGCCAACACAUCCAUCAUAAUACAGCCACCUUGUCAAAAACUGGUUCAUUCCGGCACCAAGAACAAAGAUGAAAAAAAAAGGGGACAAGAGACGGUACCUACCCAGAGAGCUAUAUGGUCUCCAGCAAGGACAGUAAGAAGGCUUUUUGGAAGUUUAAAAAAAAUCCUGUUGGCAUAUUUCUUGUUUCUCAUCUCCUUCCU